AAGUCUGAGUGUUGCUUGUGUGUGUUCGUGGAGGACGUUGGACUUGUAUUGGACUUGUAUUGGACUGAGACCUGAGAAAACAGACAAAAUGUAUAUUUAAUUUUGUUUCAACCUAGAGGGAGACUAAUAUAUUUAUCUCAUUUUAAUGCGGUUCUUUGCUAGUCGACUUUGUAUGUAUUUGCGCGCCUAAAACGUGUCGUUAGUUGUUGAAGGCGAUCUGUUUGUGACAGCUGAAAGUGUACAAAGUCGUUUUUUUAAAUUUUUUUAAUAAGUUUUGGAUGAAGUCAGGGCAGAAGACGGGAGGCGGCCAUGGGAGGCUCUGACGUCCGACUGUGGACGCUGUCAGCUGGGAUGCAAAGUGCGCCCGAGCCGCGCCGUUGGACGCCAUGAAAGCGGAACCAAAGUGCACCUGACUUGUUUCAGAAGUGUCCCCCGCCAUGUACUCAUCCUCCUCGGCCAGGAAGCUGACGCUGUGUGAGGCCCUGACCUUUGUCUUGCUGCUUGUUGCUCCCGUCUGCCUGUCCUCUCUGCAGAACGCCUCCUGGGUUUCUGCGUGGGGUCCUUACAGUGAAGCCUCGUUGGGCCGUCCGGCACGACCCCGACGGCAACUGCACUUUAGGAACGAAUGGGCAAGCUGGAGCGGCUGGUCUGUGUGCUCGCGAAGUUGUGGGGGUGGUGCUUCUGUACGUACACGAACCUGCGUCACCAGAAACCCAGUGGGUGGACCAUGUGCAGGGGAUCCCAGACAAUACAAGAUCUGCAACACAAAGGAGUGCCCUCCAGGCUCAGAAGAUUUCCGAGAGAUGCAGUGUGCUGCUUUCAAUGGCAGACAGUUGGUGGCAGGAAACUCAUUCAGAUGGAAAACCUUUCAUGGAGGCGCCAACCCCUGUGAGCUCAGCUGCUUGGCCUUGGGUCAUAACUUCUACUACAACUUUGGUCAUGUGCUCGAUGGCACCGCCUGCGACAAAGAGCCUGGAGCUGUGUGUGUCAACGGACGCUGUCUGAAGCCUGGCUGUGACUCCAUCUUGGGUUCCAAGCAGCAGGAAGAUGCCUGCAUGGUCUGUGGAGGGAAAAACACCACCUGCCUUCAUCACAGGAGUGUUUACCAGAGCAACGGCCUGGAGGCAGGUGGACCUUUUGGAUACAAUGAAGUAGCCAAGAUACCAGCUGGAGCCACUCACAUCCGAGUCACGGAAAACAGCAGGAAUUAUCUCGCUCUCCAGAAUGGUCGUGCCCAGUUUGUCAUCAACGGUAACUGGAAAAUCAGCAUCCCGGGGGAGUACAGUGUGGCUGGCACCAAACUUCUGUAUCGGCGGUCAGCUGACACCUGGGAGAGCUUUGAAGUCCCAGGUCCAACCCAGGAAGAUUUACGUCUAAUGGUUCUGGCCACAGACAAAAACCCAGGGAUUGAGUAUGAGUACUGGUUACCGCCAGACCAGUACGACCUCCACCAUGGGAGGAGAAGCCCACUACGUCAGACUCACCACUCUGCCAGCUACCUACCCCGGGAACAACUAACCACGACGACAACAACUACCACGACUAUCACUACUCGGCCUCCCCAAGUCACCACACGUCCCAACUGGUCAUUCAGAAGGCCUGUGAAGGCACCACGCCAACCUUCCCACGCCAUCCUGCCUCGCCUGGAACGAGAGGAGAACCACAGGAACCUCCUACCUCAGCCCUCACCUGGAAGGAAUUGUGGGAAAUGUCGACGAGUUAAAGGUCGAAGAGAGCGCCAGAAGCAGUAUUGCCAGAAAGAUUUUGUUUUCCGUGCCAGAGUCCUGGGGAAGCUCUACAGAGGAGUGGAGACGCGUUACGACGUCCAGAUCCUUCACACAUACCGUAACAGCUUCCGCCUGGAGCACCGGGAGUUCCUGUGGGCCCCCAGCGUGUGCGACUGCCCCCACCUGGAGCCAGGCAAGCAGUACAUACUGAUGGUGCGCCGACACGUCAACUACGAGCGUACGCUGAACCGCAUCCUGCUGGAGGAGGACAGCUACGUGGUGCCGUACAGACCCCGGGAGGACCAACUGCUGCGGCCUCUGGAGACACUGUGCAGCAACACGGGACGAAAACGUCCUGGGUCUUCGCACCCGGCUUAGAGGGCUUUGGCCUUUGCCGAGCAGGACCUUCAUUAUCUGCUGCCACUGAAGGGAAACCACACGUGGACGAAGUUCUCCACCCACAGAAACCAAAGAGACUCCAUGUUUAUUUAAAGGCCUGCAUGGCUGACUGUGUAACAUUAAGAGCACUUUAGGUGAGGCCUGCUCUGCUGCCACCUGCAAACCUUUGCCAAAGAGCAUUGAUUCAAAAAUGCUGGUUUGAUAAAUAUAUUUCAUUUUAUACUAUAUUAUUUCUUUGUGUAAGCCAGCUAGAGGAAAAUCCACCUCUGCACUAUUACUGUACACCUAAAGUACCAUUUAAAAAUGGUUCAUAACAUUUUGCAUCAUAUUAUUUAUUAUGUAAUGUCUGAUCGUGUAGUCUAGUGAUUCUCAAACUGUGGUGUGCUCCAUAUAGAUUCACUUAAUUCAGGGGUGGGCAAACUACGGCCCACGGGCCACAUGCGUUUGGUCCCUUUAAUACGGCCCGCCAAAUAUUGUAAGAGAAUUGAGCCAAUAUCUAUUUUGAGAAUUGCCACAACAAAACUGAUACUAGACUUAGAGGCACUGGCAAAAAAGGGUGAUCAACAACACUGCGCCCACUAAAUGAGAAUUUGUAUGUUUCUUUGAUGUUCUGAUAUGAUAUUGUUGAAAAUAGAUGUAUUGUAAUUAAAAUAGCCCAUGUUUGAGACGCUUACUCUUAGUUCCAACAGAUAUGAUUUGCUUUGAAAUGUGCUGACCGGCCCGUCUUUCAAAUCUCAAAAGCAAAUGUGGCCCCUGAGCCAAAAGGUUUGCCCACCCCAGACUUAAUUAAAUAUUCAAACACAGUGUUACUGUUUAAACUUUGUGUUACGUUAAAGUGGGCAAAAAUGUUAAAUAUACAUUUUAAAUAAAACCUCUGCUAUGUUUUUAAUGAAUACUUAGGCCUGCUACGCUACUGUGUGCUUAAUAUUGGUCAUUAUGGUGGUACUUGGUGAAAUCAGUUUGAGAACCACGGGUGUAGUCAUUGUGAGCUUCGACCAUAAUAACAAGGAGCCCUAUUUGAAAGUUCCAUGAUAUUAGUAAUGUGGUACAUUCAUAACAAGAGGGCACACUAUUUGGCAAGCAGGAGGUGGUUCUUGGACCAGUAUUAUUAAUGCCUUACAAGUGUUAACGUUCUAAAUAACAAACUGUUUAUUGACACUUUAUAAAGUGUUAUUAUUAUUAUUACAGUGUAACACGUUUAUGGGGACAACCGUGUUCGCCUUGUUAAUAAAAAGUGCCUAUUAGUCGACAUCGAUAACCGCUUUUGUUGACAUCAAUUUUGGGCCCGUUUAUCUCGACAUGUCUCUAGCAUCAUGAUUGUAAAAAAAGAUUUGUAGUAGGCGUAUAACGAUAAACGGUAUUAAUGAUAACCACGAUAAAACUCUCAACAGUUAGUAUUGCAGUUUGAAAUAAAAAGCGUGAUUGACAACUGCACUUCGAUAAUCUCACGGAAUGAUUGGCGCCAACUCGCUAGAUUGAAUGCUAACAUGAAAACAAGAGGCGUUAACAUUUUUCCCCAUUAAAAAAAUCACAUUCCAAAAUAUAAACUUGUAUAAAUGCAUUGCUGUCUGAGCAACUGUAAUAUUUAAUUGUACGCAUUGAACCUACAAGCUAUACUGCCUUAGUAGGGAGUGAGUGAUAGUCUGAGGAAUAUGGCACAAAGGUGUUUGUACGGUGCAUUCAAGGACUGCUGAUCAGAGUGGGAUGCCACAACGCCCACCAAAAAACACUUAUCAGUGAAGCAUAAGAAACACAAAACAUGCAAAAUAGUGGGCUUUCUAACAAUGGGUCUAUUUAUUUUUAAAAAAUCAAAAGAUUUCAGUGUGCCUAUAAGUACUUUUUAAGCACAUUCAACAAUACUGCAAUAAUAUCGAUAACCGUGAUAAUUUUGGUGACAAUAAAUGGGAUAUUACAUUUUCAUAUUGUAACACCCUCCCUAAUUUGAAGUUGUGUAAACAUUUAUUUUUUUAGUUGUUUUAUAUUUGUACGAUAAUGUCACCCCAUGUAACAUCAAGGGUUGGAAUUGGGGGUUAAAUCACCAAAAUAAUUCCCGAGCGCGGCCGCCGCUGCUGCUCACUGCUCCCCUCACCUCCCAGGGGAACAUGGGUAUUUGUCAAAUGCAGAGGAUAAUUUCACCACAUCUAGUGUGUAUGUGACUAUCAUUGGUACUUUAACUGUAACUUUAUUCAAGUAAAAAUGCAUCAUGAACUAUACUGUAAACAUCUGGUCAUUUUUACUGCCAUUUCUCAAAUAGUUAGUCGGACCUUCUUAUUAUUUGAGGUUGUUAUCUCGGCUCAUUUUUCAUCAUUCAGCAACACAUGGUUCGUACAAAUUAAUGCAUCAUUCUUAUCGGAAAAUAAUUGAGCAACCGGUAUGUGUGAUAAGUUUCCUGAAUUAACGAGUAUUUUAACUUUCUGUUACCAUAAUUUGUCAUUUCCCAUCUAGCAGAAGUGAUAACGUUCCUUCAUCCGCCUUUGUGGCAACUAACAAACUACAUCAAUACUCUUUUAGUAUCACCCAUUCUCUGACUGUGUCUGCAGGCCAAAGUCCCAAGUAAAAAUGCAGGCCAUGGCGGUUUUGUCUACAACCGCUUAUGUCGGCCAAUCGUGACAGAUGUCGACCUAUACGGGUUCCUUUGUAGACUAUAAAGUCAACUAUUAUUAUAACUAACACAUAAGUGAAUGCCAAGCAUACUUGGUUAACAGCCAUACAGGUCACACUGAGGGUGGACGUAUAAACAACUUUAACACUGUUACAAAUAUGCGCCACACUGUGAACCCACACCAAACAAGAAUGACAAACACAUUUCGGGAGAACAUCCGCACCGUAACACAACAUAAACACAACAGAACAUAUACCCAGAACCCCUUGCAGCACUAACUCUUCCGGGACGCUAGUGUCGCUAGCAUGAAUGGACAGCAGUCAAAGGACAACAAAACUAUGCUGGCCGAGGUUAUCUGCGUUUGUAAACAGAUCAAUUAAACAAUGCCUUUUCCAAAUGGACACAUCUGUCAAGUGCUGCGAGAUGUUGUCCAUGUCGCCAACUAACGUCGUACGAACCAGAGGUAGUUUGUACAAAAAAGACAUCUGAAAAGGUAAAUAAGCUUGUUUGUGUAACCGAGGUUUGGUAAUUAGAUGAAGCCCAGUAAAAAAGACAGAUCAUAGCGAGGAAAUCGAGAGCCGUCACGUCUCACAUCAACACACUGGCUUCUCGUCAAGGCACCUUCUCUCACACACACACGCACACACACUUCUGGUUUCAAAAUAAGAGCGCGACACGUCACAGCCGGUCCAACUGCGCCAACAAAAUGAAAAAUGGCUUACAUCUGUUUAAACAACUGGUUAAAGUAAGGAAGAGUAAAUGCAGAUGGCGCACAAUGUAAAGUUGUUUAUGGGUGUCUUUAUUGCAUUAUCUAUUAAUAUACUGUACAUAUGUGCUUAGUUUGCUGUAUUAUUGCAGAGACUUUCAAAAUGUGCACUUAUGUUUUACUCUACUUAUUGCCACCAAGUUUGGAGCAAAUCAAUGACUUGUACUUCAGUAAAACAUUUAAAAAAGUGUUCCUGUAUGACAUUCUGACUCUCAAACUGCAUUUGUAUCCAAGUAUUGGGAUAUUUUCUUAAGCAAACUGUUUUAUGCAAGCAAAUAAUAAUAAUUAAUUGUGAUUAAUCACAUUUCAAGAGUGUGAUUAAUAUGAUUUAAAAAUGAAUCACUUGACAGCCCUAAUGAAAACACCAAUAUGCAAAUAACAUGCGGAAUAAACAUCAAAUUUAUUGCUGGUUAUUUUUGUCAAUGUGUGUUUUCACACACUAGCAGGUUGUUUUAUUGUCCUGUUUGGGUUUUAUUUUGUUUUCCAAAGUGAACCUGUAUCAAACUAACCGGUUCCAGACUCAACAUGGUUCCAAAGAACAUGGAAAAACGGCAAUAUCAUUUUCGAAAAUUGUCACCAAAGGAAGAUUUUUCUGAACACAUCAUGGAAGUGAAGAGAGGUUUGACACUGAUUAGUUAGAUUGGAUGUUGAGCUGACACAAGUGAAAGCACCUGAUUCAGUAACGUGCCCCUUUUGUCACUGCCACUAGAGAGCAGUGAUACUGCAAAUUGGUAUCGAUAUAAGAUGAAUUAGAGCGGUACCUCGGUUUUCGUAGACCCCGCUUUUCAUAUGAUUAAUUUUUUGACCAGAAUGUUUGCCUAAUUGUAUCCAUCGACUGAGUUGUCGCACGGACAUAAUUGUCCAUUUCCCCACAAAAUAUGCUCAAACAAAGAAUCCCACCCAUUUGUGCUUUUUCUAUUGACUACAACAGUAAAAUAGGCCACUGUGGGACCAAAAAAAGUUGCAAGUGCGAGCACUUUGAUAAAGAAGGUGAGAAUCGCUGUUGAAGUCAAGAAAGAAGUGAAAAUGGGUUUUAUGAUCAUAUUUUUUGGAGUGUCGAGAAAAUAAUUAUGGAUUUACGUUAUUAUUUAUGGGAAGGCAAACUUCGGUUUUCAUACGAUUCAGUUUACAGGAACUUUGAAACAGAUUAUUAAAGAAACUUGAGGUACUACUAUUAUUAUACAUGGACAGUAUUCAUGCUAAAAGCUUUAAAAUGUUUUAUUUUGUAUGUGAACAAGCUAAAAAGUAUUCAUAGAUAUCACAAGACUUCUUUGAAAUUAUAUUUUCUGCGAUAUGAUUUUUUUUUUUUUUUUCAAUUUUAGUUCAAAUGUAGAGCUGAAAAUGUCAUCCAUGGAAUAUUGAUUGAUGGAUUGCCAAUCCGUCCUGCUCGUUUCAAGCAUCUCGAAAGAAAAAUGUCACAGAAUAAUUAUGUUUUUUUGUCAUAAGCCAUAUUUGUCUUGGUUCUGUUCUCGACCGUCCAGUUCUCUCAAACUAAUCAAGAAUUGCUAAACUUUUUUGCAAUGAAUUCACUUUCAGUAUAUUUUGCAUUUUUGGAGCAUAGUAAAAAAUACAAAUAACUAAAUUGAGAGGUGGAUUUUUCUUGUAACCAUUGCUCAAUAUUUUGUUGCAUUUUGACAAUAUAUGUGUGUAUGUUCAUAAGCUUGCAGCAAAAUGUGGAACUUGCUGUGUUAAAUGUGUGUUACACACUUUGCAAUACAAAAAACAAGUAUGCAGUACUUUAUUAACGUCAAUAAACUAUAACU